GCUUUCUCUUGAGUUGGCUGGAACUGAGGAAUUUGCAGGAAAUUAAUCACUCAUUAAUUUUCUGAUUAUAUAUAUAUAAUAUGUAUGUAUGUAUGUAUGUAUUUGCGGAAACCCCAAAUUUCGCAGCGGCGGGCGGGCAAGCGAUCGAGAGGAGAGAGCGAAGAUGGAAUGGAUCGGAGGCGCAGUGGAUUCCAUCAAAUCUCUACAGAUCAGACAAGUUCUCUCUCAAGUUGUCAGUCUCGGUAUGAUUAUCACGUCAGCACUGAUAAUAUGGAAAGGGUUAAUGUGUAUAACUGGUAGUGAAUCACCUGUUGUUGUUGUGCUUUCUGGUAGCAUGGAACCUGGCUUCAAAAGGGGUGACAUUUUGUUUUUGCGUAUGAGCAAGGAUCCUAUUCGUGCAGGAGAAAUUGUUGUGUUUAAUGUCGAUGGGCGUGAAAUCCCAAUUGUCCAUCGUGUAAUUAAGGUUCAUGAGCGUCAAGACACUGGAGAAGUCGAUGUUCUUACAAAAGGGGAUAAUAAUUUUGGUGAUGAUAGACUGCUCUAUGCACAAGGCCAACUUUGGUUGCGAAGACACCAUAUCAUGGGGAGAGCUGUUGGGUUCUUACCGUAUGUUGGCUGGGUGACCAUUAUCAUGACCGAGAAACCUAUCAUCAAGUAUUUACUUAUAGGUGCACUUGGACUGCUGGUCAUAACUUCAAAGGAGUAGGGAAUCAAGCAAUGUUGUGACUUAUGACUUAAACAGGACAAGAAAAACACUUACAUCCAGGAAAUCACGUCAUCCUGUAAACUCUUUCCUAGAACUAGA